UCUCAUGCCCGUUUCUCUCCUCCAGGUUCGGAGUGCGUUUUCCCUGCAUGUCUGAUGCGUACGACCGUGAACUGAGGGCUCUGGCCAAGCAGACGGCCGCAGAGCAGGGCUGCGACAGCUUCCUGCAGGAGGGCGUUUACUGCAUGUUGGCCGGGCCCACCUACGAGACCAUCGCAGAGUGUAGAGUCCUGCAGACGCUGGGGGCCGACGCUGUUGGUAUGAGUACGAUCCCAGAGGUGGUGGUGGCUCGACACUGCGGUCUGCGCGUCUUGGGUGUUUCCCUGAUAACGAACAAGGUGGUCACGGAUUACGACAGCGACAAGAAGGCCAACCACGAGGAGGUUCUGCAGACCACCAAGCGUCGAACCCAGGACCUGCAGAGGCUCAUCACCAACUUCAUCACCAAGAUCUAGUACUGGGGUUAGGAAAAAAAAUGAAGCACCUCAGAGUGUAAAGUUCAGUGGUUUUAUAUAUGAUGGAAUUAUACGUUUAACUAGUGUAGUGAACAAACAUGGUGGACGCAUGGCUGGAAAUGUCCACACGUGUUGUUUCGAAACUCAACUGAAAUGCCUCAAGCCAUGAACAAAAUGAUAAUAUAAGUCAGAUUUUAUCCAGAAAUAUGUCUAAUGUUGUCGAAUACAAGUCAAGAGAAAAAUAUUUUUAUAAAGGUGACGCUUUUGAAGAAUUUCUUUUCCUUUUCA